AGCCCCUUGCCCCGACUUUAUCGGUACCAGCUAUAUCCCAGUUACCUAUCAUUUGCUUUUAAUCUCGGGCCACGGUGGUGGUCAGACAAGAGAAAGCCAAGGGGCAGCAUCCCUAGUUCCCUACUGGUCCAAUCUUCACUGACGUCGCGAAAUGACGUCACACAUCGAGGUCGAGUUUAACCCGGUCUGAUAUACGGCCUCGGUAUAUAAAAGGGGAGUGGUUUUCGCAUCACGGUUCACUGCUAGCAUCGAAUCCCCAUUUAUCCAAUCAGCUGCUUUUCCAUCCAAAUCAACCAAAGCCCCAUUACUCAACCUCCACAACCACUAUGACGGUCUCCAACAACAAAGACUCGGGCGUUACCCAAGGCGCCAAAGCCGUCACCUCGACUCUAGGAAAUACGGUGGGCGGCCUCACCAAUACCGUCGGUGGAGUCGUCGGCGCCGUCGGGCGCGGACUGGGCGAGACGGUCACUGGCGCCACUGGCAGUGCUGGAAAGCCGGUCGGUGAUGCCUUGAAGGAUGUCGGCGAUGGGGUACAAGACGGAAGCGCGAACAUCGCAAAGGGUACAAAGGAUGCUGGACAAUGGAAGACGCGAUAAAUGAUUUAUCGACGAAGGAAUUUUCGGGACGCAGUCGCGGGAGGACAAUAAUGACGUUGACGAAUACGGUUUCCUACAACCGGAAUCUUAUAGUAGUGUACAUUAUCAUA